AUGAUCGCACAAGUCGCUCGUCCUGUCAUCGGCAUUGUUGACCCAUAUCACCCAGCUGCCGUCGAACGGUUGGAAAGCGAUCCAAAUAUUGAUGUCCUGCACCGCGCAAAAUGUGGAUUCGAUACCAUAUACACCAACGCCGAUGCGAUCAUAGUCCGAAGUGAAACUCAGUUUCGACGUGCAGAACUUGGUUCGUUUCAGAAGCUGAAGUACAUUGUGAAACAAGGUGUUGGCGUUGACAAUAUUGACAUUGACGCGGCCAAAGACCUGGGUAUUGCUGUGUACAAUACCCCAGGACUGAAUGGGGAGGCUGUAGCAGAAUUGGCUCUCGCAUUGUCGCUGGGUUUGGCGAGACGGAUUCCCGAAAUUGACCGCGCAACAAGGAAUGGCAAGACAGUUAUUCGCAGUCAGACGCUCGGACGAAGCUUAUUCACAAAAACGCUUGGUAUAGUAGGUAUGGGAAACAUCGGAUCCGCAUUGGCAAAGAAAUGGAUUGGAGCCAUGGAGGGAGAGGUGAUAGCAUUUGACCCGUAUUACAAGGGCGAACCGUGGCCUCAGCUCCUGGGAGAAAAAGCAAAGCGGGUAGAUUCCCUGCAAGAACUGCUUCGUGAAGCGGAUGUGGUAUCUUUGCACGUUCCUUUGACCAAAUCAACAGCGAAGCUCAUAUCAGCUGCAGAGUUCGAUCAGAUGAGGCCGAAUGCUUUGUUGAUAAAUUGUGCUAGAGGUGGUAUCGUGGAUGAAGACGCAUUGUUCCAUGCGCUCUCAGAGGGCAAGAUUGGAGGCGCCGGUCUUGAUGCGACAGAAAUUGAACCUCCAACCAGAGAACAUUAUGACAGAUUCUUGAAUAUGGAGAACAUCAUUCUGACUCCCCACGUUGGCGCAUCAACUGUUGAGAACCAAGCAAGAAGUGGUCUUGCCGUGGUAGAUAUUGUGCUCAAUUUGGUGGGAGGCGAGGAGUGUGGAAAUCGUCUUGUGUAA